UUCCAGUGGCUCAGUGCAUCCCACGAGGGCUGGCUGCAUCUCCAGCUGCUCCAAGCGCCCCGUUCCAGCUAUAUAGUGCCUGCCAACUGCUUUUUGGCCAAGUGCAUCCAGGGCUCAGCCCCAGAAGCGCAGCUCUGCCACAUCAGUUGUGGUGUGAGACCCCAGCAGGCACGGCUGUGCUGAGUUCUCAGGAUCCUCUGUAACAUCUACAGGUCCUGGGUGUUUAGCUGUGACAUGGCUCUUAUCCCCUCUCCCCCAAGUCCCUUGAAGAUUGCUGUCCCUGCCAGACCCUUUCCCGGCGAGGCUGUGCCCCUGCACUCCCAGUCAAUAAUUAAUUUCAGUCUCUUAUUUGUGUUGCUAAAAUAAACAAUGUAGGAGGGAUGGUUUCACCCAGGGUGCCUCUUGGACAGCUUGGGCAGGGCCUGGGAGCAAGGGCUGGAGCUGGAGCUGGCCUUUGUAAGCAUCCUUGCAUGGAGCUGUGCUGGAGCUGCCACCCUCAGUCCUUCACUGAGAUGAAAAGGCCAAGCUGGUGAGCUCUGGUGUGAGCCAGGGCUGUGCAUCUUUUGUCUCAGCUGUGGUGAGCACAUCCAGGCCAGUGUGGAGUCCUGCUGGGAGUAGGGAUGGUCUGUGAGGUGGGAGGGUGCUGCACAGAGCCACCCAGGGCACACAGAGAAGGGAUUUGUCCCCAGCCUUGAAGAGACAGCUCCUGAGAAACACAGGUGAAGCCACACGGAGGCCUGGGUGAUGAGGACGGGAACGUGCCUGUGACUGCCCCAGGGCCACCAGGAGCAGGAUUGGAAAACCAUGUACCAGACCACAGACCUGGUCCUCUAACUGGUCAGAUGGGGACAUGGCACAGCCCAAACCCGUCAGACUCUGGAUGCGUCCCCAGGAGCUCAGGGACUGCACAGGGGAGGCAACAGAGAAGGGAGCAUCUCUGGCCUGUGGUGUUACCCCACUGCAAUGGAUCCAGUGGAAGAAGCUGCUUUCCAAACUACACUGCUUGCAGGAGCUGCUUCUUUCAGCUGUCAAGGCCUCUGAGCUGUUGCUGAGGGGAAGAGGACAGGGCUGCCUGGAGCAAUGUCCAACGACCCGCCCCCACCCUACCCGGGGGGCCCCUCGGCUCCGCUGAUAGAAGAGAAGCACGGCCCACCCUCUGCACCAGAGGGUGUCACCCCAGUGGUGGGACAGCCCCAGGGGGUUCCUAUCCCCCCUCCUGAGUUCGGACCCCCCCCAUAUGAGCCACCCUCGCAGCCGGGGUUUGUGCCCCCUCACAUGCCCACGGAUGGCUCUGGGCCCUACGUGCCACCAGCAGGAUACUACCCACCCCCAGGCCCUCACCCUCCCAUGGGCUACUACCCUGCCCCAGGCCCCUACCCCUCUCCUGGUGGCCACACGGCCACAGUGCUCGUCCCACCGGGAGCCGCCACGACAGUCACAGUGCUGCAGGGAGAGAUCUUCCAGGGUGCCCCCGUGCAGACAGUGUGUCCCCACUGCCAGCAAGCCAUCACCACCAAGAUCUCCUACGAGAUUGGGCUCAUGAGCUUCCUUCUUGGCUUCUUCUGCUGCUUUGUGGGGUGUGAUCUCUGCUGCUGCCUGAUCCCCUGCCUGUUUGAUGACUUCAAGGACGUGACACACACGUGUCCCAACUGCAAGGCCUACAUCUACACGUACAAGCGCAUGUGCUAACGGCACACUGUGCACACUAACGGGAGCCACUGAGCGCCACCGGCCCUGGUCCCGUCCCGCCGCGUCCGUCUCCGCCUGCAUCACUCCUCGCUUCCCUGCCGGUGCUGUGUAUGUGUUAUCCCCGGCUCCCUCCCUGCAGAGCUGCCAGUACCUGCCCCCAGCUCUGCUCCUCACUGGGAAUAGUUGGAUUGGUGACACUGGUGCACAGGGGAGGUGGACCGAGGCCCCAGACGGAAUGUGGGGGCUGCCGUGCAGUGCACAGGAGUGGGGGGCAUCACUCUGCACCCCAUUAUGCUCCAGGAUGCGAGUGAGGCCCCUCUCACCUGGAGCGACCCUGGGAAGAGCAGCAGCUGCUGGAGGUGCCCACCCCAGUCCCACAGUGCAGGGGGUACCUGGCUGCAGGUGUGUGCUGGGACGGGAGCAGCCCGUGGGCCCUCAGGGGAUGAUGCAGCACAGUCGUUGUGACACUUUCAGGAAGGGGCUCAGCGACAAGGAGACAGGACAGUGCCACACACCAGGUUUCCGUGUGGUUCACAGCCCCCUCCAGCCCGGUUGCAAAGCCCCUCCCUUCCCGAGGGGAGGCAGAGCUGCCUCUGAGCACGGAGAGGAGCCCGGCAGCAGCACUGCACCCUUAUCAGCACCUCCGUCCUGCCCGGUGGCCACUCCAGCUGCAUGCGCCUCCUCCCAGCCCCGCCGCGGUUCCAGGGACAGGGGCAGCCCCGAGCAGCCCUCGCCCCCCGGCAACCUGAGAGCCAAAACCGCACCCGGCAUGUCCUGGCCGCCCGGCACGUAGAGUAGAGGAGUUUGUUACCAGGCCCAGCAGGGUCUGUAGGGUCCUCCUUGCAUGUGCUGUAGGGGGUAUUUUUAGCUCACUCCUGUGGGGCAGAAGGAAGGGGCAAGCAAGCACCGACAGGAGCUGCCAGCAGCACUCCCAGAGCAGGGGCAAGAGGAUCUGGGAGCCAAGUUCAGCCUCUCGGGGCUGCUCCUCCCUCCCCUGCCCCUGCAGCUCCCAGAGCUAAGUGGAGGGGGUGUCUCUCAAUGCACAGGUCUGCAGACACAGCCUGGCCUGCACAGGCAGCUGCUGUUUGCUCAGGGGUGGAACUGUGGCACUGUGGUGUUUUUAUGUAAAUAAAUAACAGACCCUGAA